GACACACAAGUCAAGUUUUUUUUUGUAAAAAAUAAAUAAAACAAUUAAAAUCUGUUGAAUACAAUUGAAAAUAAAAUAAUAAUAUUUAUAUAUUUAUAAUAAUAUUUUGAGUCAUCAUACUGUCAUCAUCAUUCACCAGUAUUUCAACUUGUUCUAGUUAUCAUUUGUUUUUUUGUUUGUAUUGAUAAUAAUAACAACAGUUUCAUAACCUUAUCAAACACAGACAAUAAUACGUCUUUAAUUAAACAACAAAAAAAGCUGUCAACAAUUAAAUAAUAAAUAAACAAAGUAAAAUAUGGAAGAAGAAAAACUUAAAAUUCCAUCAAAUGAAGAAAUAAUUGAAGAAAUAACAAGAGACUUGGAAGGUACAUGUGUCAAAGAUGAAAAACAAAUAAUUGAAGAUCAAGAUGACAAAUUUUAUGAUGUUCAUGAUAAUUUAAAUGAAUUUGAUAAACAUGAUGAUGAAAAUUUAGAAUAUUUUGAUUCAGUUGAUGAACAAAAACCAGAGCUAAAUCAUGAUAAUGUUGAUGAAGAGGCUUUAAAAGACAGAGAGCUUAAUUUGUCAGAUGAUGACAAGGAGAAAUUAAGAACAGAAGCUGAAAAACUAAAAAAUGAAGGUAAUAAUCUUUUUAAAUUAUUGAAUUAUGAUAAAGCAAUUGAAACAUACACACAGGGAAUUCAAACUUGUCCAUUGGCAUUUGACAAUGACCGAGCAAUUUUGUAUGCAAAUAGAGCAGCUGCUAAAUCAAAAUGUGAUAAAAAAACUUCAGCAAUUGAUGACUGUUCAAAAGCCAUUGAAUUAAAUCCAAAAUAUCUAAAAGCAAUGCUAAGAAGAGCUCAAUUAUACGAGCAAGAUGACAAGCUAGAUGAAGCACUUGCUGAUUAUCAAAAAGUUUUAGAAAUUGAUUCAUCAAAUUGGGAUGCUUUGGAUGCAACAAGACGUUUACCACCAAAAAUUCAAGAACGUAAUGAAAAAUUAAAAGUAGAAAUGAUGGGAAAAUUAAAAGACUUGGGAAACAUGAUUCUAAAACCAUUUGGUUUAUCAACAAAUAAUUUUCAAAUGGAUCAAGAUCCAGCAACUGGCGGUUACUCUGUUAAAUUCAAUCAAAAUAACAGCUAAAAAAAACAAACAAACUAAACUAAUUUAAAAUAAGUUAACAAUAAUCGUGGCAAAUGAAAAAAAAAAAAAAAAGAUACAUGUAUAAAGUUAAUUUAAUUGAAAUAGUUCAUUUUCUAUAAUAUAUAUUAAUUUUUAAUUUUUUCUUUAAUCAAAUAUCAAAGUCUGUUGUUGUUUUAUUUAUUAAUAUUAGAAAUUUCCAUUCAAGAUAUU